UUGUUUGCUAGACCAGGCUGGGCUGGCUCAAGGUGACCUGCAGAGCCCACGAUGGGGAGCCUGGCCAGGCCUGUGGGGCUCGUCCUUUCCUUCUCCUUCCUCCAGCCGGGAAGCGCCUUCUGGCUCUUCAACGUUCUCUUCCCACCCAGCACCACCCCAGAAGCUGCGCUUUCCAACAAUACGUCCCCAGUGGUGCUCGUGCCUGGUUGCCUCGGGAACCAGCUGGAGGCCAAACUGGACAAGCCUGAUGUGGUGAACUGGGCAUGCUACCGCAGAACGGAGGAUUACUUCACCAUCUGGCUGAACCUCAACAUGUUCCUGCCGCUGGGGGUGGACUGUUGGAUCGACAAUACCAGCUUGCCUUUGCUCCCCUUGUGUGCAGAGUGGUGUACAACAGGACCACCCAGCGGACGUCCAAUGCCCCUGGAGUGGAUAUCCGGGUCCCUGGGUUUGGCAAAACCUACUCUGUGGAAUACCUGGACAAGAGCAAGCUGGCUGGAUAUCUUCACACCCUGGUGCAGCACCUGGUCAACAACGGCUACGUGCGAGACAAGAACGUGCGAGCCGCCCCUUACGACUGGAGGAUUGGGCCCAGUAAGUACACACAUGGGGGGUGGGGGAGAGCGGGGCGCGCGACAUACCUCCCCGGGGGUGAGCUGCCAGCAGCCCCGCCGACUGCCUCGCGCUGCCCUGCCUGGAAGCGGGGGCCGCCCCCCCCUCCCGCGCCCAUUCCCAGCAGCAGCAGCAGACAAGAGCAGCCGAGAGGGAAGGUCGCCGCCGCCGCCGCCUCUCCUGCUGGGCUGGUGGCCAGGGAAGAUGGCGAAGGAGGCGCACUCACUGGGCAGCAACGAGAUCACCGCUGCCUGCGAGUGGCUGGCUGGCGGCUCCGUCUUCGCACCCCUGGCUGGGGCGGGCGCGGGUAGCACCGGCACCCGCCCUCCGCGCCUCCCUGGGUCUGCCCACGUGUGCUGGCUGCUGCAGUCUUGGACACUGUCCGGGCACCCCGCCGGCCGGAUCUCUGGCCUUUGCUCUCUGGAUGGCCGAGCGCGGCCUUCUCAGCAGCAGCGGCGGCAGCCGGGGCGGGGCACGCGGUGGGAGUUGCAUCCCAGCAGCCGCUGCAGGGCCUCGGGCUGCCCGCUCUGCCCUGCCUCAGAGGGUGCAGCAGCUGCUAUCACAGAUGAGCAAGAGGACUACUUCCGGCGCCUGCAGGCCCUGGUGGAGGAGAUGUACGCGGCCUACCAGAAGCGGGUCUUCCUGCUCGGCCACAGCCUGGGCAACCUCCACCUGCUCUACUUCCUGCUCCAGCAGCCCCAGGACUGGAAGGACCGCUUCAUCCAGGGCUUCGUCUCGCUGGGGGCUCCCUGGGGGGGAGCAGUGAAGACCAUGCGGGUCCUGGCCUCAGGUGACAACCAGGGCAUCCCCAUCAUGUCGAGCAUCAAGCUGCGGGAAGAGCAGCGCAUGACCACCGCCAGCCCCUGGAUGUUCCCGACCAACAUGGCCUGGCCCGAGACACACGUCUUCAUCUCCACCCCCUCCUACAACUACACCUUCCGGGACUACCGCCGCUUCUUCGCCGAUGUCAACUUUGAGGACGGCUGGUACAUGUGGAACGACACACAGGACCUGCUGAAGGACCUGCCCCCACCGGGGGUCGAGACCUACUGCCUGUACGGCACCGGGCACCCCACGGCAGAGACCUACAUUUAUGACGAGCGCUUCCCUUACGAGGACCCCGUGGACAUCGUGUACGGCGACGGAGACGACACGGUCAGCAGGCGCAGCAUGGAGCUCUGCAAGCGCUGGCAUGGCCAGCAACGGGAGCGGGUCCACGUCCUGGAGUUGCCCGGCGUCGACCACCUCAACAUGGUCUUUGACAACCGCACCCUCCACCACAUCAACGAAAUCCUGCUGGGGACCUUUGGGAACGCCACGGCUGUGGAGGGGGGUGAGAUGGGGGAGGAGGAAGAGGAGAGGGCCCCCUGAAGCCCACCCCAAAGGCAAGCAGAAGAAGUGAAGGGCAGGUUCACAUGCUUGUCUGAAUGUGCCCUUCUCCACAGAUGCAGUGAGGAAUCGUAGGAAGUUGGAAUGGGAAGGGGCCCUGGCAGCCCCCUGCUCACGCGUACCCACCAUGCUGACAAUGCUGUGUGCAAAGCGGCCAGAUGCAUGGGUCAUUUGCACCCUCCUUGUGUGAGAGGGGAGGACUGGGUGGAUUUCCAUGCACUUGGCCCACACUUGCGCUGCAAGUGUGCCAGGAGCACAUGACUGCACACGUUAACCUGCCACACUUCCAGCAAGGCCAUUUGGGUGAGCUUGUGAACCAGAGUCAGGCUUGUUAGACAUGCGAAGCAUUCCUCUCUCUCUAA